AUGGUAUGCCAUAUACCUCUUAUGAUGAUGCUACUGUUGGGUCAUCCAUAUAAUGAUUUCAGUGCUGGUCGUUAUGGGAAAUAUUGGCACCACAAUGAUAUUUUAUUCCCAACCUGGCAUCGACCUUAUACUUUAAGUUCCGAUAUUUUGGUGGGAUUCUCCACAAUGCGCCAUCCCAAUAACAAAUACGAGAAUCAAUUAAAUAUAAUGAAUAUUAAUAUGCCAAUGUUUGUUCAAACUGUUUUCGAUCUG